AUCUUCAUAGUGUUCCACACCCGUGGGCCUGCAGGAAGCAUUUCCCUAUGCCUGUGGAAGAAAUAUUCCAGUGAAUGUGCUUUUCCAGGGAUGGCGACACCAGAAUGUUUUAAAUCUGUUCCAUACCACAACAUGGAUAAAUGGCAUUUCUGCCAAAGACUUUUGCUAACGGGUGCAGUAAUACAUGUCAGCACUUUCUGAAAUUAGAGGUUUCACCCAGAGAGAUUUAUUAUUUUUCAUAACCCUGAGCAUUGCCUGGUUUUAGAAGUCUGUCUUCCUUCACUACUCUACAGCUUAGAAUAUAUGCUGCAUGAAUCAAACUUUGCUUCAAGAAUAAUGUUUGGACUCUUUAAUAAAAUCUAAAGGUAGCCUCUGUCUUCACUUUAGUCUUAAUGAAAACUUUUUAAUUUACAUCUCGAGUUUCUUUUUCAAAGCAGUCGAGAAGUGGAACGAAUGGGGAUUGAGCUGCUCUGCUUCUUCUUUCUGUUUCUAGGAAGGGCUGAUCGCGUCCAAGGUAGCUGUGCCAUGGCAGGUGCGGAGACCUGUGGUGACUGCCUGCUCGUGGGACCUCAGUGUGCCUGGUGCUCGCAGGAGAAUUUUACUCACCCAUCUGGCGUGAGCGAGAGGUGUGACACCCCAGCAAAUCUUUUAACCAAAGGAUGCCAAUUAACCUUCAUUGAAAACCCUGUCUCCCAAGUGGAAAUACUCAGAAAUAAGCCUCUCAGUAUAGGCAGACAGAAGAAUAGCUCUGACAUUGUUCAGAUUGCACCUCAAAGCUUGAUUCUUAAAUUGAGACCAGGCAGUGAGCAGACGCUGCAUGUGCGCGUCCGCCAGACUGAGGAUUAUCCAGUGGACUUGUAUUACCUCAUGGACCUCUCUGCCUCCAUGGACGAUGACCUCAACACAAUCAAAGAGCUGGGCUCCCUGCUUUCCAAGGAGAUGUCUAAAUUAACUAGCAACUUUCGACUGGGCUUCGGCUCUUUUGUGGAAAAACCAGUCUCCCCUUUCAUGAAAACAACACCAGAGGAAAUUGCCAAUCCUUGCAGUAGUAUUCCGUACUUCUGCUUACCUACAUUUGGAUUCAAGCACAUUCUGCCACUGACAAAUGACGCUGAAAGAUUCAAUGAAAUUGUGAAGAAACAGAAAAUUUCUGCUAAUAUUGACACACCUGAAGGGGGAUUUGACGCAAUUAUGCAAGCAGCGGUGUGUAAGGAAAAAAUUGGUUGGCGGAAUGACUCACUCCAUCUCCUGGUCUUUGUGAGUGAUGCUGAUUCUCAUUUUGGAAUGGACAGCAAACUGGCAGGCAUUGUUAUUCCCAAUGACGGGCUCUGUCACUUGGACAACCAGAAUGAAUAUUCCAUGUCAACCAUUAUGGAAUAUCCAACAAUUGGACAACUCAUUGAUAAACUGGUGCAAAACAACAUGCUACUGAUCUUUGCCGUAACCCAAGAACAAGUCCCAUUGUAUGAGAAUUAUGCAAAGCUUAUUCCUGGAGCCACAGUGGGGCUACUUCACAAGGACUCUGGAAACAUUCUCCAGCUGAUCAUCUCAGCUUAUGAAGAACUGCGGUCUGAGGUAGAGCUGGAAGUAUUAGGAGACACAGAAGGACUCAAUCUUUCCUUCACAGCUGCCUGUAACAAUGGUACCCUUUUCCCCCACCAGAAGAAAUGCUUGCACAUGAAAGUGGGAGAAACGGCUUCGUUCAAUGUGACUGUGAGUAUAUCAAACUGUGAGAGAAAAAGCAGGCACAUUAUCAUAAAGCCGGUGGGGCUGGGGGACACCCUGGAAAUCCUUGUCAGCGCAGAAUGCAGUUGCGACUGUCAGCAAGAAGUGGAAGUGAACAGCUCCAAGUGCCACGGAGGGAACGGCUCCUUCCAGUGUGGGGUGUGCGCCUGUAACCCCGGCCACAUGGGCCCCCACUGUGAGUGCGGCGAGGACACUGUGAGCACAGAUUCCUGCAAGGAGGCCCCAGACCAUCCCUCGUGCAGUGGAAGGGGCGACUGCUACUGUGGACAGUGCAUCUGCCACUUGUCUCCCUAUGGAAACAUUUAUGGACCUUACUGCCAGUGUGACAAUUUCUCCUGUGUGAGACACAAAGGGCUGCUCUGUGGAGAUAACGGGGACUGCGAGUGCGGGGAAUGCGCGUGCAGGAGCGGCUGGACCGGCGAGUACUGCAACUGCACCACCCGCACAGACAGCUGCAUCUCCGAAGACGGUUCCCUCUGCAGCGGGCGCGGGCACUGCGUCUGUGGCAUGUGCGCCUGCACAGACCCUGGAGCCUCGGGCCCCACGUGUGAACGCUGUCCUACCUGUAGUGACCCCUGUAACUCUAAACGGAGCUGCAUUGAAUGCCAUCUGUCCACAGACAGCCAGUCCGGAGAAGAGUGCAUGGACAAGUGCAGACUAGCGGGUGUGACCGUCAGCGAGGAAGCAGAUUUCUCAAAGGAUAGUUCUGUUUCCUGCUCCCUGCAAGGAGAAAAUGAAUGUCUUAUUACAUUCCUAAUAAGUACAGAUAAUGAGGGGAAAACCAUCAUUCACAGCAUCAAUGAAAAAGAUUGCCCAAAACCUCCAAACAUUCCAAUGAUCAUGCUGGGGGUUUCACUGGCUAUUCUUCUGAUUGGGGUUGUCCUACUAUGCAUUUGGAAGCUGCUGGUGUCAUUUCAUGACCGUAAAGAAGUUGCCAAAUUUGAAGCAGAACGAUCAAAGGCCAAGUGGCAGACAGGAACCAACCCCCUGUACAGAGGCUCUACUAGUACUUUUAAAAAUGUAACCUAUAAACACAGGGAAAAACAAAAGACAGACCUUUCCACAGAUGGGUAAACCACUUCAGGCAUGGGGAAAAAAGUCUGUUUCACCGAUAUGAAAGGUUAACGCACUAUUUGAUUUUUCUUUCUUGCUUGCUUCAAAAGGAAGCUGGUUUAAGAUAAUAAUAGGUCAUUUGGAGAUCAGUCGUUCUCUGUGUGAAGAUGAGACAGGAUGUUGACAUGUUCAAAAUAAUCAAGAAGAGGAAUUUGUUUAGCCAAGAGGUGACUUUGGGGAUCACUGGAGGAAUACUAACUCUGCUGCAUUAAUGCCUCAAAACAUCCUCAAAAUGAUUCAUGGGGGCCUUAUUUGCAUUUGAAAAACGUUUGAAAUUAGAAUCUCAUUUGUUUCAGGAGCAGAGCUACCUGAAGUCUUUGUCUCGGCAAAGCCACACAGUGCACAUGCUCGCGGUGUAUGCUCCCCGCUGCCAGUGACUCCACACGUGUAGGAAUUGGCUCUUUCCAAAAGAAGCACUUUUAAAAAUCUGUCAGACACGAGAUUCUGACUUUACUUCAGCUGAAAGGAAGUGAAUCUUCCAAGGCUAACCCAAAUGUAAGAGGGAAAAUUAAGCGUUAAUAAUCUCUGUGAAUGUGUAUCCAUUUAAAAGUUAGGUACACAAGUAUUUUAUUUGUUUGGCAGAUGAACAGGUGACUUAUCAAGUAAGUUUCUAGUGAAAAUGAAGUGAUAACCCUAUUAUAUAACUUAUUUUGAAACUACCUGAAAAAUAAUCUUCAAUAUUCAGCUUCUUUCUUGCCCCUAAUUUUUCUUUUUUUUU